AUGACGGAGCACUGGAUGGUGAUCGUUGCCCAGCGGACCGCGGGCUUUGCUUUUUGUGUUCUUGUCGUUUCUUCUUCUGUGCGGUGUCCUGCGAUUUGUGUUCUCGUCGUCGCGACCCCGGAGUUCACCGCUACCGCGUCGGGGAAGCCACCUCCACUACCCGUGCUUGCCCAGUCGGGUUUAGCGGCCCACGAGAUCAGGCCGCAGCCCGCAAAAGCGUUCAAACCGCCUGGAAUUGGCCGACCGACCCGACGACGGCUGGCGGCGCGCGAAGCCUGUCUUCCUGCCUCAACCACGUCUCUGACACCUCAGUCCCAGGGACUGCCCACCUCCCAGCAGCCACACGAGCAACACCACGACACUUCUGACCCGCGAGCUUUGCUGCCCCGGGAGGAGUGGUGUGUGCACUCGCGUUCUGUGAGCCCUUCUGACCGCCGGACGGCCCUUCUCCUGUUGCACUCGCACGUCCGACAUCCGUCACUCCCAACGCCCUUUUGCAUCGUCAGUCCUCAGGACUACGUCUCCGCAGCUCUUCGGGGGCGAUUCGACUUUGGAGGGACAUGGUCGAGGAGACUGACUGCCACAGAUCGCUCUCCUCUUGAUGCCUCCUACUUUGCGUCCGUUCCGCGCUCCCUACCCAUAACACGCCUCCCUCCCGAAUCGAGUGACCAGACCAAAUUAUCCUCCUUGACCCGAGAAGGGAAGUUUAGUCGGUUAGACCCAAUCAUUUUAGAUGGCGACAUGGACAAGCUCUAUCAGGACAGUGAUAUGGAUUUCUGGAACAAUCAUGACCUCCAGACUUCGAAUACCAAUGCCGGCCGAGAAUUCGAUGAUCUGCUCUCCCGAUCCUCCGUGUCCCGAGAUGUCUCGGACAACGAGCCCUGCGCAUCCCCGUCCGAGCUCUCCAUCAAGAGACAUUUGCAAGGUCCAGAUACCCUGAAGCAGCAUCAUGUCCUCUCUGUCGAGUCCCCGUCUGAUUCGCCGGAGGAGAACUCGAGUCCCAGUUCCUCGUCGGAGUCGCUGAGAGACCAUGGGCGCAACUCGUCGGUCGCUUCGAUGGGCUCGGCAGCCCACAGUGAGAGCGCGACGAAGUACCAGUCUGAUGGUUGGCUGGGUUCGGAGAUGCUAUCUGGGAAGGAAGACUCCUUUUUUGACAUGCAUGCCCUCGAUCAUGGAUUCUCGAUGGAUACAGAUAUCGAGUCGAGUAACCGAGUCAUGGACUCGGCUUUCGACUUUGAUAGUGCGGCCAGCAGCCCCAGUCCUUUGAAGACUGAAGCCUCUUCGGCCCCAAAACCGCAGAAGGCUUUCAAGACACAAAUCCGAAGUCCGUCAAGCUCCGCAAGCCAUUUCACACGGCCCAAAGCGGCAGGCCCUAUUCCACCUACAGGCUCCCCAUUCCACUCAAAUAGUUCCAGGGAAGCCUCUCCAAUGGCCUCGAUGCUGCCUCCACGAUCCGCCUCUGCUCAGUGGGGCGGGCGCUCGCCCUCGUCGGCUCUGGAAGAGACAUUUGGAGGAAUCACAAUGAAUGGUACAUCUCCGCUGAAGGCGAGUCUGUCUCCAAGUAUGAGUUUUGGUCAUGACGGGAUGGGCAUGGGGACCCCGGAGUGGCAGACCGAACAGGUUGCAAGCUCUCGAAGCCAUUCUCGUCCCAUCUUAACAGUCCACCCUACGUCUCUGAAGUCCCGAGUUGAGACCCAGAUCCCUAUCCGAUUAACUCUAUUUCCUCUGCCCGCUGGCGUGAAAAAGCUACGCCUUCCCAGUCACACCAUUUCGAAACCUAAAUUCCUUGCGAAGCCCGAUACGGAGCGUUCACCGGACACCCUCGAGUUACAUACGAGUCUUGUCUGCACCAGCGCCAUGCAAGACCAGGCAAAACUCAAGAAGGCAUUUGCCAGAGCCCGUGGUGAGAUCACUCGACGCCGUCCCAGUGCGGAACCCGGCGCCGAGGAAGGAUCUCAGGACGAGGAAGAAAAGCCUUUGGAUGGAGGCGAGGUGAAAAUUUGCAGCGGGUGUAUCCAGCGUGAGCGAAAGCGUGCGUCAAGAAAGAAGCAAAGGAAGCCAGACGAGGACGAACUCUUCCAGAAAGACGAAGAGAAACGAGUUAUCGUCUUUAAUACCAACCAGAUCAAGGAAUGGGUGGAACCAUCGAAGAAUUCCCCGCCCGGAUUUUCAGAGUCUGCGGCGUCGUUCGUCCCGCGGGGGGCUAUGCAGGUCGAGCUGCCGAUGCGGAUAGCAUGCUAUUGCAGGCAUCAGAAUGAAAAGCUUGGUUUCCAGGUCAUAUUCACGAUCAAGGACCAUUUGGACAAUGUUGUCGCUCAAGCAAUCACCAAUUCCAUCAUGAUCACAGAUGACCACAAAACACAUGCGGCACCUCCCCCUGCACCUCCCCCUCCGAGUUCUGCUCUGCCUGAUGGGACUCAACUUCCUGGCGCUGGUGUGUUUGUUUCCGGACCGAGUCAUGAUGUGUCCAAUACCUCCACCAUUGGGCCGCAAGACUUCCGAAUGUCUCAUUCCUCUUCAGACCUCCAAGCCUUCCAACAACAGUUCAAUUCUCAGUAUCCAGUAACUUCUGCGCCCUUUGGAGUCCCUCAAGGUUCCACCACUUCGACAUCUUCGUCCCUCACGCCGCGCAACCUUUCAAGGCAGGCGUCGCCUUCUGAUCUUCCAGGACCUUCGAGCAAACGCCGGAAGCACAGCAACUCCGGAAAGCUGCCUCCGGGACUGACUAUGACAAAACUGGACGGUCCUCAGUCUGCUUCCGGACAUGCAGGGGCAUCAUCGUCCAGCAAUGGGCCGCAAUUCAGUUCCGGUUCGCGUACCUUCUUGUCGCCGGCUGAGAGACCGUUUGUCACCCCAAUGUCCAUGUCUGGUCAGUUCGGCAACGGCCCGCCCACCCCCAACAGCAACGACAACAACCCUUAUUUCAAUUCUGUGCCGCCGCCUCAGAGCCUAGACAACCUGACACAACAGUCACUUAUGUCUGCGCCCGGCUCAGCGCAUCCAAGCCGUCCAGGAACCCCGCCAGGACCCUCUCGCAACAACUUCCCAGACCCGAGUCAGGCACUGAACCUCGGUCCCAAUCCAGUCAAUCAAUUAUGGCCUCCGUUGAACAAUACCGGUAACCGCCUACCGGCGGUCAUACAUAAACUUGUCCCUGCCGAAGGCUCCACCACCGGAGGCACGGAGGUGACACUAUUAGGUAGUGGCUUCUAUCCGGGCAUGGAGGUCGUCUUUGGCGACACCCUGGCGACCACCACUACUUUCUGGGGCGAUAAGUGCUUGAACUGCCUCACUCCCCCGGCUCUCCAGCCUGGCCUCGUUCCGGUCGUUUUCAAGCAUGAGCAUCCAACUUUUGGUCAGAUGCAACAAUCCCAACCAAUCAUACCAAAACAGCAACACUAUUUCCGCUAUGUGGAUGAUCGGGAACUUCAGAUGUAUCGACUGGCUCUGGGAAUUCUUGGACAGAAGCUGCGAAAUCCCACGGACGCCUUCCAAACGGCCCAGCGCAUCAUGGGCGGUGACCCAAGUACCCUCUGGAGCAUCCAGAAUGACCUGCAAGGCGGAAAUGGUGGCCAGAGGCAAGUGCCUGGUCUCAACUCCCAGGGACAGACCAGUGACUUGGAUUCGAAGAUGCUCACUUACCUUGAGUUCAUCGACCUUGACGACAGUCCACGGGCGCCCAAGUAUAACACACGUUCCACGACGGGACAGACGCUUCUGCACUUUGCUUCCUCCUUGGGGUUGACGCGAUUUGUGGCUGGACUGCUUGCUAGAGGCGCGAAUCCCGAUGUCCAAGACAACAACGGACACACGCCUAUGCAUUUGGCCGCGUUAAGUGGGCAUGCUCACAUUGUCCACCGUCUGCGAUUAGCUGGUGCCAAUGCCUCGGCUAGAAGUAUCCGGGGUUUCACGCCUGCAGACCUCGCAACCUCCCUCCAAGCCCACCAAGCAGCCCUGAUCCCUGCUCAUCAUUAUCGCUCUCGUAGUGCUGGUUCUUCAUCCUCGCUACGUCGCCGUCCUAGCAGUUCUGCUUCUCUGAGCUCAUUCUGGGAAACUUCAUCGGCAUCUGGUUCUCUGAACCAUGCUGUUGAUGAUUCAGAUGACUCCGAGCAGUCUGACUCCGAGGCUAACUACUCGGCCUCACGGCGGUCGAGCAUCCAUCAGGACACAUCACCCUUAUACUACACUCAGUCCAGAGAAGGUAGUGUCCAAAUGGAGGGGGUGCAUACACCGGCAGAAGCCAACACGGAGGAAGAUACCUCCAGCUUCUCUCCUCCCGCAGCUCUGGUUGCCUGGCGCAAUCAGCUGGCUGCUCAAAUUCAUCAAUUCCAGCAAAGUGUUGGGAAAGCAUUCCCCAAUCUUCCAGCUCUCCCGCCGAUGCCAGCUUUGCCUGACUAUCAGGCAUAUCCAAUGAUGCGACGGAUCAGCAACCUCGUUCCUCACAGGCCCGGCUCCUCUUGGUCAUCUAAGGAGGGUUGGUGGGAUCUCCUAACAGGCAAUUCCGCGCCUGCGAACUCCGAGCCGCCUGCGUAUGAGGAGCUUUACCCGCACAAGGAGACGGACGAAGACCAUGAGAUCAAGAAAGCAUCAUUGGUCACGGCUGCUGCAGACGCGGCGCUUGAUGAGCACUUUGAGGCGAAGGAAAGCUCAUCUAAGCAGACCCCGGCCCAGGAAGAGAUCAAGGAUAUCAGGAUUGGCCGCAAGUCCAUCUCGCGUGAGCAGCAAGAACAGCUGAGACAGCAGCAGGCGCGAAAGAUGAAAGGGCUUGGAAGUGAUCGCAAUCUCUAUUUCUUCUGGAUUCCGGUCUUGCUUCUGGUCCUUUGUGCAUGGCUUAAAAACUUGGUCCCUGGUCUGUGGCAAGGGGUUUCACAGGGUUAUGAGUUUAUGAAGGCUCGUUACACGAAUCGAGCUCUUGAAGUUGGAACGUGA